UAAUUCUCUUUCCCAUCUUGCAAGAUGGCGGGCGAAAAGGGUGAGAAGGCGCCUCCUAAGGAGAAGAAACCUGCAGCCAAGAAAGCUGAUGCUGGUGGCAAGGUUAAGAAGGCCAAGGGCAAGGGCAAAACCCCUAAGAAGGGGAAGCCCCACUGCAGCCGAAACCCUGUCCUAGUGAGAGGAAUUGGCAGAUAUUCCCGAUCUGCUAUGUAUUCCAGAAAGGCCAUGUACAAGAGGAAGUACUCAGCAGCUAAAUCUAGGAUUGAAAAGAAAAAGAAGGAGAAGGUUCUGGCUACAGUCACAAAACCAGUUGGUGGUGACAAGAAUGGCGGUACCCGAGUAGUUAAACUUCGCAAAAUGCCUAGAUACUAUCCUACUGAAGAUGUGCCCCGAAAGCUGUUGAGCCAUGGCAAAAAACCAUUCAGUCAGCAUGUCAGGAAACUGCGAGCUAGCAUCACUCCCGGGACCAUUCUGAUCAUCCUAACAGGGCGUCACAGAGGCAAGAGGGUGGUUUUCUUGAAGCAGCUGGGCAGUGGCUUGCUACUUGUGACUGGACCUCUGUCCCUCAAUCGAGUUCCUCUGCGUAGGACACACCAGAAAUUUGUCAUUGCCACUUCUACCAAAAUUGACAUCAGUGGUGUGAAGAUCCCCAAACAUCUCACUGAUGCUUACUUCAAGAAGAAGAAGCUGCGUAAGCCCCGACACCAGGAAGGUGAGAUCUUCGACACAGAGAAGGAGAAAUACGAGAUUACAGAGCAGCGCAAGGUGGAUCAAAAAGCUGUGGACUCGCAAAUUCUGCCAAAAAUCAAAGCUGUUCCCCAGCUGCAGGGCUACCUCCGCUCUGUGUUUGCUCUCACCAAUGGAAUUUAUCCUCACAAGUUGGUGUUCUAAGUUUCCUGCAAAGAAUCUAAUUAAAUAAUGAUAAUUUCUUUUGUCUUUUUUUUUUUCAAAUUUGCCUGGUGGUGUAGCUGGGUCAGAUUAAUGGACUCCACUGAGGGGAAUGGGGUUGAUGGGACAGGGUGCUGUGCACUGAGUUGGAACCUCUUCAUCAGCUUUAGGUUGGCAUUCUUACUUAGUGUCUGGCUUUUCAGACACUAUGACAUUCCCCAAUCCAUGCUGAACAAGCGCAUCUGUACGAGGAAGAGAAACUGGGCUCCUGACAGGUUUUCAGUCCUAACUGAAUGUUGCUGUUUCUUGUAAAAUCUAGCUUGUUUUAAAGCAUACACAGUAAAGAACAGUAUAAUUAUCUUCCGCUUGUUUUAACCAAAAUCCCUCAUGCUGUAUAUGUUACUACCCAGAAAGGUUAGUUUCCAUUGUUAACUAUGAAUUAAGUGCAGUGUUGCAGUCAACCUCAGCUGUGCGGAUGAGCAAAUAAACAGGUGAGAAUUAUUUGCUGAAUGA